AUGUUUCAAUGGCUGGGACUCUCGCAGAGUGCACCCACUGUGCUGCCCACAGACAAGAUUAUCCCCCUGCAUUGGUUCGAGGACGGGGUUAUGUGGAAGAAAGUUAUCGUUUACACACUUUUUGUAUUUGAUGAUACACUGAGCCCCGAUAAGCUCCGUGAUUCCUUAGAGAGGCUCGUUGAUCGCGAGGGAUAUAGGAAGUUGGGUGGCCGGCUCAGGAGAAACGCCCAAGGUGGAGUGGAAUAUCAUGUGCCCGCCGAGUUUAACUCAUCACGGCCCGCGGUGGCCUUUUCACAUAUCCAUCACGAUGUGAACGCGGGUGAUCAUCCUGUAGCCUCCAAGAUCCCCAAGCCGCAGAAUCUCACCGGCCCAGCUAUCGUUGGUGACCCUGAAGAUUUGUCUGAUCUAACUCGACCCAACGGUGCCACUCUCUCUCUGAACGACUACCUUACAACGGACCGUCCAACACUUGGACUUCACAUCACGACCUUCCGCGAUAAGACAUGCAUGUCUCUUUACUGGCCGCAUGUAGCGUUCGACGCCAUGGGCAAGAAGGCCAUCGUCCAGGGCUGGACUUUGAUGCUGCAGGACCGUGAAGAUGAGAUCCCAACGCCAAUUGGCCACGACACCGACCUCUUGGCCGACUUUGGCAAGAAUCCUACUGAGCCUCAUCUACUUGCUGAUCAGAGAGUGGGCAAUGCAGGCCUAGCUGGCUAUGCCAUUCGUAACAUCAUGGGCUUGGCCGGACCCAAGGAGAUCCGGAUGGUCUGUAUCCCCGCCGUCUUCUGGGAGAAGAUGGUGGCCGAUGUCCGCCACGAACUUUCCGAGAACGCUACUGAAGGCGAGGACCCCUUCGUCACCGAGGGUGAUGUCCUCGUAGCUUGGUGGACACGUCUCUGCGCUUCUCACCUAGGCAAAGACUCAACAACAACCGUCGCCGCCCAAAACUCCAUGUCACUCCGCAAAGUCCUCGCCUCAGAUCUCCUAUCCCCCUCCGACCGUCCCUACAUCUCCAUGGCCCUCGGUUUUCCAACGGUUCUCCACCCCGCUCGGGACAUCCUCACGAAACCCCUGAGCUGGCUUGCCCUGCAGUUCCGUCAAGCCAUCAACAACCAAGGCACACGAGCACAGGUCGAAGCCUACGCAGCACUGCAGCGUGAAUUCAGCGCAACACUACGCAUGCCCAUCUUCUUUGGCGAUACUGGCAUGUACAAUCUGUUCUACUCCAACUGGCAAAAGGCUACACUCUUUGACUUUGACUUUGGGGCGGCUGCUAUAAAAUCGAGGGAUGGUGAGCCGCUCCGUUCAUCGUAUAUCCAGUGCGUGCAGGACCCUGCCUUCCCUGAGGGAUGGCCUAUAAGUGGAAAGGACGAGAACGGGAAUUACUGGAUAUCAGGGUUCAGGGCAAAGGGUCUUUGGGCCAAGAUUGAGAGUGAGUUGGAAGCUCAAGCGACCAACGGUAAGGUAUAG